UUGCAAACGUUUCAAACCAACAGAAGAUAUCAACGAUAUCCUAGCCAACACUGCACCCAAACUCGCGCCCAGAUCCUUGCGCACCAACUCGUUUCACGCUCGUUCCACUUAGCCUUGCCCCGCUGCGGGCUGUAGCUCAUAAUGUCCGCCGAGCUUGAAACUCGCCUGAAGAGCGCGACGGAGCUUGGCGCGACGGAUGUGCCUGGUGCUGCUGCGCAACUAAAGGGCCUGGUGCUGGAGGAGAGCAGCAACGAUGCCGAGGCUGUGCGGAUAAAGGAGCAGGCCAUCUCGCAGCUGUGCGAGCUGUACAUCAAGCAGGCGAACGCACAGGCGCUAGCGGACCUACUCACGUCCCUCCGGGGCUUCUUCAACGCCAUCCCCAAAGCAAAGACCGCCAAGCUGGUGCGCAGCAUCAUCGACAGCAUUGCGAAGGUGCCUGGGUCAACGCAGCUGCAGGUGGACGUGUGCAAGGGCCAGGUGGAGUGGGCCAAGACGGAGAAGCGUACCUUCCUGCGCCAGCGCAUUGAGCUGCGCCUAGCCAGCCUGUACAUGCAGACCCGCGACUACCCGGCGGCCCUGGCGCUCAUCAGCACCCUGCUGUCCGAGGUGAAGAAGCUGGACGACAAGCUGCUGCUGGUGGACAUCUACCUGCUGGAGAGCAAGGUCAACCACGCGCUCCGCAACGUGCCCAAGGCGCGCGCCUCGCUCACCGCCGCGCGCACCGCCGCCAACGCCAUCUAUGUGCCGCUGCAGCUGCAGGCGGAGAUCGACUGCCAGAGUGGCAUCCUGUGCGCGGAGGAGAAGGACUAUAAGACCGCCUACUCCUACUUCUUCGAGUCCUUUGAGCAGCUGGCCAGCAUGGACGACCCGCGCGCGGCGCAGGUUCUCAAGUACAUGCUGCUGGCCAAGGUGAUGUUGGACAUGGCCGACGAUGUGCCCGGCAUCAUCAGCUCCAAGGCCGGUCUCAAGUACACGGGGCCGGAGGUGGAGGCCAUGCGCGCCGUGGCGGCCGCAUACCACGACCGCUCGCUGCAGGCCUUCCAGGACACGCUGUCCGCCCACAAGUCCCAGCUGGUGGACGACCUGGUGGUGGGCGCGCACCUGGCCGAGCUGUACGACACGCUCAUGCAGCAGAACCUGGUGCGCCUGAUUGAGCCGUUCAGCCGUGUGGAGAUCGCGCACGUGGCCAGCCUCAUCGGCCUGCCGCGCGACAUCGUGGAGACCAAGCUGAGCCAGAUGAUCCUGGACGGCAAGCUGGCUGGCACGCUGGACGCGGGUGCGGGCUGCCUGGAGGUGUUCACGCCGGCGCCCGCCGACGCCGUGUACCCGGCGGCGCUGGACGUGCUGGAGAGCCUGGGCCGCGUGGUGGAUACGCUGUUUGCGAGGAGCCAGCGCGUGGUGGCGUAAGUGGAGGAGGAGGAGGAGGAGGAGGAGGAGGAAUGGGAGGUGGUGUGAGGAGUAGGUUGGGGUAGAGUGGGGCCGGGUGGAGUAAAGGUGGCGUACGCAGCAGCGAGCGCGGCGGCGGGGGCAGCACGCGGGGCUUGGUGUGAGCUGGAUGGAGAAGGUGGAGGAGGUAGGCGGCUGCGCUCCUAUUGCUGGCGGCAAGGCAUGGACUUGGUGAUGUGGCGGCGGCUGCGACAUCCGUUGUGGGAAUGAUGUCGUGGGAUGCUGUGUUGAACUGGAUUUGCUGUAGGCCAGGGUGCACCCACAGUCAGUAGGUACAAUUGCAGUGGCAUGUGGUCAUGUGUGCUGAUGCCUGGCCAGCUUGGGUCGACGACUGGUCACUAAGCGGAGUCGCAAGCUGGUGCUCGGCAGGCGCUGCCACCAGGCGGGUCAGGGCCGGCACUACCUGUAACUUGGAUGCUUC